AAGCCAUUCACGGAGCGUGAAACAGUGAGGUUGGACGUGCGUUAAACUGGAGAGAACGCGAAUGGAACCCAUAUAGACGAGAAUUUCGUUACGUGAGAAAUGUAAAAAUAGAUCCCGAAAAUUCAGAUGGAUGGUAACCGGUUAUUCUGAAGUGAAUUAAGGAGGAAAACGGUCGAUGGUGUCUGAGACCAAACAUCAUCGAAGACGUUCAACGAAACUCCCACCAUCAACUAACCGCGAGGAGUCACACCAUUAUAAAAAGUCUAACAAGCAAUACAGACGAUGAAGAUUCAAGGCCGCCAACAAAUUUCGUAAAAAGUACAUCCAAUGUAUUCUCGGUGUUCGAAGAAUCCAUCCAGUCACUGUACAGAGUACCAGCUUCAGUGAGUGAUCCAGUUCUCCGUGGGCACUGGAACAGGCCACUUCAUACGUACGUUCGCGCGUCCCGUUACUUCCAACUUCGUUAUCAAUUCGUUUCGCCUCAUAAACCUUUCUAGAGGACUAUUUUCCGAGUGUGACUAGCAGUGGCAGAGCGAACAGGCGAGCAUCAGCAGAAGAAAGUAAAAAAGGAAGAAGAAGACUAUAAGUAAGAGAAGACAAUAAGAUAUUGCUACAAAAAAAAACGAGAAAUAUACGAUAAAACAAUGCAAUAGACGAGAAAAGAGUUCUUAUCGUUCUUAUUCUAUAAAAAUUAUCAGCAGAGAACUGAUUCUUGGAUGAAGUAGACACAAGAAAAACUUUCAUCCGAAGAUGAUAGAAGAAGAAGAAAUAAAUGCACGAUUAUAGUCAAAAGUUUACAGAAGCUAAAAGAUAAAAAGAACAGAUCGAACCUAGCAGAAAAAAAUCUCAAGGAAUACCAGAAUCUCAUUCCAAAACUAUACUUUAAGAAAAAGACUCUCGCGCAUAGACAUGUAAUAGGUAGUCCUUAAUCUAUGGAAACCUAAAGAAAUCUCUCGUAUCUAAUCCGAGUAUAAGCUCACGUAAACCCUCCAUUACUUUUAUCCUCACAUCUGCCACCCAGAGUAAAUCAUGGCCAACGUCGACAGAAAUCUCGAAGAGCUAAUGUCUCACCUGGGCGAGUUUGGCAAAUACCAAUGCUGGCAAUUCUCCUUACACAUCAUCGGUGCCCUAACAGCAGGGCUUCACAUGCUAACACUGUUAACAGUAGCAGCUGUUCCUCCCCACACAUGCAAUGUCCCGAACUCAUCGGAAACUUCAAACUUUUCAACAACAGCAUGGAACUCGUCAUUACUCACCGAAUGGAGCCCUCGAGCUGUAGACGCUUGUCACUACUUGGACGCCUCGAAUACCAUACAAGAAUGUGAAUCUUGGACCUACGACACUCAGUACUUCCAAUCAUCCCGAGGAAUGGAGUGGAAUUUCGUCUGUUCCCAACGUUGGAUGGGCUCAGUAGCCCAGGCAACCUACAUGUUCGGCGUUUUUAUCGGUGCAGUGACCCUGGGCAGCUUGGCAGACAAGUAUGGCCGCAAGAUUAUCUUCUAUAUAUCAUCGGUAGCCCAACUGAUCCUCGGAGUGACCGUAGCCUUGGUGGACAAAUACUAUAUUUUCCUAUUUCUGAGAUUCCUCUAUGGAAUCUUUGGAUCGGCUGGCGCCUACAUCACAGGAUUCGUGUUGACCAUGGAGCUAGUUGGAGCAUCCAAAAGAACAGUCUGCGGAGUGAUGUUCCAGUUAGCGUUUGCAGUUGGAUUCAUGCUGGUGGCUGUUUGGGGAGCCAUAAUCAAGGACAGAAUGUGGUUACAAAUCGUCUACGGAUUACACAGUGCCCUCUUAAUCGGUCACUGGUGGCUCAUGGACGAAUCACCAAGAUGGCUUUGGGCUCAAGGUCGAGUCAGUGAAGCUCUAGUGAUAGUUCGAAAAGGUUUGAAGAUGAAUGGUAACAACGUGGACAUCGAUGCAGCUAAACUGAUCAGUGAAGCGAAGGUUCGGCACGUCAGACACGAAGACAGAUCCUACGGAGCUCUAGAUCUUGUCAGGACACCUAACUUGAGAAAGAAGACGUUAAACGUCUGCUUGAACUGGUUUGCCAACUCCAUUGUCUACUACGGAUUGUCUCUGAACGCCGGAAAUCUGGUUGGCAAUCCUUUUCUGAUGUUGUUCCUUAGUGGUCUUGUUGAGAUACCAUCUUACGUUCUAAUGUGCUGUUUAAUGGACAGAACUGGGAGGAGGUGCAUUCUCAGUACUUUCAUGUUGAUUGGUGGACUCUGUUGUAUUAUUGCGUCUAGUGUACCGACCGGAACCAGUGCAGCUGCUUCUACAAUUGUGUUCAUUGUUUUGUUUGGGAAAGCCUGUAUAGCUGGCUCUUUUGCUGUUAUUUAUAAUUAUACCGCAGAGUUAUUCCCUACUGUGGUCAGGAACACCGCGCUAGGAAUUGGAUCUAUGUGUGCUAGGCUCAGUGGAGCUUUGACACCGAUGAUCAUGUUGUUGGACUCAUUUAAUCCCAAAGUUCCUGCGGUUUUGUUUGGAUUUGUGGCAUUGGUGUCUGGAUUCUUAUCGUUGUAUCUGCCCGAGACUGUUAAUCAGCCAAUGCCUGAGACAAUUGAAGACGGUGAGAACUUUGGCAAGGGUGAUACUUGUUUCACGACAUGUUGUGGAUCGAGGAGGAAAACUAGUGCUAGCUAUGAAGUGACGAUGAACCAGCUGGGGGAGAGGGAUGAGAAGGAAAGGCUUAAUCAAGUUGAGGUUGCAAAGUGAAUUUGCGGAUAGAUUUUUAAUGACAGUGGACUGUGAAGAUGAUGAGAAAUUCUAGGUGAUGCUGCAGUGGUUCUCAAUGGAGAUUAUUGACAAUAGAACAGAACUACUAAUUCAAUUUAGUACUUUAAUCUAUAUGAAUUAAAUCCAUACUGUGAGUGAAUUG